AUGUACACUAGUACUGCUACAUUCAGAGGAGAAUAUGCACCUUACUUUAGUCCAAUACAACAACCACUGGUACAGGCCUUUCAUCCUUUACCUGUACAGUCAUUUACUCCAGAGAAGAUAAAUGUUUCAUUUGAUACUGUAAGCAACAUUCCAUCAGGGACAAAAACACCCAGCAAGGAAUCAAAAUACUUUAUAACAUUCAAAAUAUUUGGCAUCGGGUCGCUCGGUAUAACAACUGCCAUGGCUAUCGCUCUGGGAAUAAUAAUGGUUCAUUUUCAUUUUUUAUGGUCUCCAACUACAACAACAGUUGGUACUACGAUAAUGACAACUACAAUAACGACAGCCACCACAACAACUUCCACAACGAGUGUGACAACUACAACAACAACAACAACGACAACAACAGCUACAACUACUCAAUCAUGGUGUAAACCACCAUGUAUCUGUGCCGGUGUUUCUUCUUAUAGUUUGUGGCUACAGUACUCUACUAGCGGAAUGUACAUGAAUAUCGAUACUAGCAGCUGUCAUUUCAAUCAAACACCAACUUACAUUACUAGUAUAGAUGGAACGAAUGCUCAUUUUGAUUUGGUAGGCCACAAUGCUAUUUAUGUAUAUACAAGUACCUCGUUUCGAAUUUAUGUCACGAGUCGUUCUGGCUUGACACCGGCAACAAUGUUAUCUUACGCUGCAAGUUACGCAUGGAAUGUAAAUUGGGUUGGCAUGUAUUACUAA